CCUCUAAACAGCCACAGUUCAUUUAAAGAGAAACUGAAAGUAUCUGAGACCGAGCAAUAGCAGGCAGAUCAGACGAAUGUAGGAAAGGCCCGAAGACAGAAAAAAAGAAUACAAAAGAGCUCUUGGUGGAAGAAGUGACCAAAGGACAGUCCAGGGACAGACAAGAGGCCUUAGAAAACCUGCAGACAUGUCUAGAGGAUGCACUCUGAAGAUCAGUCCUGCCAACAAAGAAAAGGUGGAUGGAUUCUGUACAAACCUUUACAAUCAGGUCCAAAACUUCUUAUCUGAUUUUGUCCCAGAGAAAAUUCACUACUUGGAUAGUCUGUUGAAGAGUGACCUCUUCAGUGUCAAGGAUCUGACUUCACUUCAUGCUGAGUUGAAUAUUCCUAUUCCUGACCCUCCUUCUCAAGAAUCUGAGGAUUCUAAAAUGGAAACCGAUAAAGAAGAAAAGAAAGCUCCUAAAUGUGGAUUCUUGAAGGAAAAUGAAAAGAUUCAUAAAAUCCUAAACACUGUCCUACCUGAGAUAAGGACUCUGCGUGAGGGAUGUGCACUGAUUAUCACUUGGAUCCAUCAUGUCAUUCCAAAAAUUGAGGAUGGAAAUGACUUUGGAGUUUCAGUACAGGAAAAAGUCUUAGAACGUGUUACAGCCAUAAAAACCAAAGUAGAAACCACUCAGACUAAUAUCAACAAGUAUUUCACAGAACGAGGAGAUGCUGUUGCUAAAGCUUCAAAGGAAACACAUGUGAUGGACUACAGAGCCCUGGUCCAUGACAAAGAUGAAGGUGCCUUUGUAGAGCUAAGAUUAGCUCUCAUUGAAGUGAGAAAUAUCUACGUUGAAAUUUUUGAUAUUAUUUACAAAAACUUUGAGAAAAUCUCAAACCCUAAAGGAGAGGAGAAAAGCCCAAUGUACUGAUCUUGAUCUAGGAUGCCUCCGACGUACUACAUCCUCCCAGAAUGUUCUGUUUCCUACUGUAAACAAAUACAAUAAAAUGAGCUUCAGAACACUGUGA